GGAGCGGCCAACCAGCGGGCGCGGCGCUGGGCCCCGCUCACCUGCUGCCGGCGGCGGGGGCGGAGCGGUGGCGGGCUCCCGCGGUGCGGCUCCCGGCGGCGGCGGCACGAUGGUGUGCGGCGGCUUCGCCUGCUCCAAGAACUGCCUCUGCGCCCUCAACCUGCUCUACACGCUGGUGAGCCUGCUGCUGAUUGGAAUUGCAGCAUGGGGAAUUGGCUUUGGCCUCAUCUCUAGUUUCAGAGUUGUUGGAGUGGCAAUUGCUGUAGGCAUCUUCCUCUUCUUCAUUGCCUUAGUUGGAUUGAUUGGUGCGGUGAAACAUCACCAAGUGUUGCUGUUCUUUUACAUGAUUAUUCUUUUGCUAGUCUUCAUUGUCCAGUUUUCUGUCUCCUGUGCCUGUUUGGCCCUGAACAAGGAACAGCAGAGUCAACUUCUAGAGGUGGGAUGGAAUAACACUAAAAGUGCAAGAACAGAUCUUGAGAGAAACCUGAAUUGUUGUGGAUUCAGAUUUUUUGAUCCAAAUGAAACCUGCUCUUCUGAUUGUUUUAGAAGUCAUCACUGUCAACCGUGUGCACCGAUAAUAGAAGAAUAUUCUGGAAUGGUGCUCAGAUUUGUUGGAGGCAUAGGACUUUUCUUCAGUUUCACAGAGAUUUUGGGAGUCUGGCUGACCUAUAGAUACAGGAACCAAAAGGAUCCCCGUGCAAACCCUAGUGCUUUUCUUUGAUAAGUUUAUAAAGGACUGAAUCUUCUUUCUGCAUCCUCUACUUCAAAAUACUAGAUCUCCAUAGUUUAGUGUUUCCCAGUAGUAGGAAUACUCUGUGUACCUGAAGGAAAAUUUACUUUCCAUAAGAAGUUUGCAGUUUUCAUCUUUAAAUAUUCACAGUUUUCUUACAAGAAUCACUGUCUUGAAGUAGAUUGGUGUAUGCAGUAGCUGGGCAGUCAGAACGCUGCUCUGAGCUGAUUAAAUAAUUUUGUUAAAGACUUCAGUAAUUGGUGUGGUGAACUCUAUUCAGUGAGUUUUGUAGCACUACUGGCUUCUCUGGUGUCCAAAAAAACCUCAAAAGUGUUCUCUGCUGUAUUCACUAAUGACAAAAAUUCGCCUAAUUUCUCAUUAAAAUGAUAGAAAUAAAUGGUGGGUGUUUAAUGCUUGUUUGAUUGUUUGUAUGAUUUUAUUAGGAUUUAGGAUGAGUUCUAGUUGCACUCUGUGUCUAUAUAAUGGUCUCCCUCUCUUGUUAAGGUUAAAAAAAACCCUGAAGUUGUUGUUUUUUUUUAUUUUAUGUAUUGCGCAUAAGUGCACAUAAGUGACUACUGUAAUCUUCACUCCUCCCCUUCCCCGUUUGCUGUGGCUAUCUGGUGGAUUUAGAUUUCUUUUUGAAAAUAAAAGUACUUCUUUAUUUUUUAAUGGAUAUUUUCAGUAUGAGGAAAAUGAAUGUAAUCUGCAGCUACUCAACUUGAAACUGUUUUUUUUCUUUGACAUCUGAAUGAAGUUUGGUAUUUGCACGACAUCAGAGUCAGUAGUGGUCUGUCAUCUUGUUCAUGUAAGAAACUUGACUUGGUGUUUGGAAAGCUGUUGUACAAAUAUUUUUACAGAUGGUGUAAAAUUAUUCUUGUAAUAACUUAGCAGUAUGUAUUCCUCUGUUGUCCACCUAAAAGUUUUGAUUAGAUGAGAGAUUGAACACCAGAGGCGGGGAAAAAAACCAACUAUUUCUCCACUAAUUUGUUUUAAAAAGAGAAAAGAAUUAAAGCUAAAACAUGCAUAA